AUGACCUCGUCACAAACAACUCUCCAACAGAUUAGCUACAUUGCUUCAAUUAAGAAUUCUUUACAAAUCAUUUCACAAGAAAGAUCGAGUACAUUGACAGAUACCUUCCUUUCAACUCUUGCCUACAAUCUACAAAACUACAACACCGACCCCAACGUUGCCACUCAAACUUUGGCCUCACAACUCUCUACCAUGUCAACAUCUUUGUCACGCAUCAAAGAUAGUAAUUUCAAUCAAGCGUUAGAUUAUUUAAAUAUGUUGAACACUUCUCUCAGCUUUGUAACCGCCUCCAAUUCGUUAAUUGCUGUUAUCAAUGGUUUAGAAAGUGCUUUGAGUGUACUCGAUUCGCCUCUUAGCAGUUCAGUUGCUCGUAUUGACCUUCUCGAUAAUUCUCUGUUUUCAACUAUUCCCAACACUUUGACGUCCAUCAAGCAGAAUGUAAGCAACUUCAAUCAGUCCAUUGCUACUAUUCCUUCUUUGCAAAUCAUUGUUGAAACAAUGGACGUUGUAACCUCUUUUGUUAAAUUGUUCAAUGGAACCAAUUGCAUUGACUCCAUUCUGGCUGACUUGUCGGUUAUUAAUGCUACCAUAAUCGAAAUCCCUCUUGGGGCAAUACAAUCCCAGUAUAGAAGUGUAAAGGAUGGAGUAAUUUCAAAAACAAAUGGACGAUUGACCACAUUGUUCAAUGAUUUGCACACCGCUCUCUUGUCCUCGCUUCCAAACGUCACUCAACAAGUGAAUUCGUUUUAUAAUUCCAAGCUUGAUUAUGGACCCUCGGUUAAUAUUUCUGACUUGUGGACCUUGGUUCCCCUUAAAACAUUUAGAACUCUGAACAGCUCUCUAAACCUUCAAGACUUACUUGCUUUGUACACUCGUUUUGAUACCACACGCAACAGUCUCAUGGAUUUCUCAACUCUCUCUCGCGACUUGUCUCCUCUCAACAGCUCUGUGGAAGCUUUUGAUUUAAAUCUAACCAGAACAGUUAUAUCAACUCUCCAGUCGGCACCAUCGACAUGUGCUGGAAGCACGCAUGCUUCGUGUACAGGUUUAAGCAACACCAUGCCUUAUCUUUCAACCCUUGUUUCAAAUCUCAGACAGACCAUCUCUGGUAUACCAUCUCUUUCAGUCGCAAACAGUUCAUUAUCCUCGGCAGAAAGCUUAAUUGCAUCCACUCUCUCUCCUCUGAGCACCAUCAAAUCUCUCAUUGUUCAAUUGAGAGCUUUGAAAAAUUCGUUCAGGUUCAGUCAAGCUAGAACCUUAUUGUCAAGUGACUUUAUCCCUUCUAUCCGUCAAGUAACAAGCACAGUGCCAUUCCAGACAAUUGUGGAUUCUCUUGAUUCCUGUCAAAACAGUUUAAACUCCCUCGAUAUGACGACCUUGUCGUCCCAGAUAUCUGCACUUAGCCCAACGUUUAACAGCCUUAACAGCAUGGACGUUUCGUCUUAUAUGAAUAAUCUGAACACUGAAACGAUUAAUAGCGCCCUUAACUUUGAUUCCAUGUUUUCAUCUGUAAAGAGCUUGGUGAACGGACUUAACAUUGAAAGCUAUACAUGGUAUGUGGAUGAAGCUAAUCAUCAGCUCAACGAUAUUUUCCUUCCAGACCUGUUUACUGCUGACGGAUAUCGACUUUUAGCCGUUGUGGUUUUCAUUUCUCUGAUCUUAUUUCUGCCUUGGCUUGCUGUUUUUCCCGUUUGCUUUCCAAAGUGCCCUUCUGUGUUGUUAAUUGUUUCCCUGAUCAUGAGCUUAUUCAUUUUGCUGUCAUGCAUUGUGGUUGCACUGUUGCUUCCAUUGAAUAUAGCACUUGUAGACACUUGCGAUAGGGUUGAGGAAUAUGCUUUUCUUGCAUUGCAAGAAUUUGGUGGUAGCUCCCUCAAUCAAUCGAUAGGUUUUUCACAAGAAUUCAUGGGAUUCAAGUUGAAUGUAUCUAUCGUUCCAACCACCACCAUCAAGUCAUAUUUUGAAUCACAGUGUGAAAAUGAUGUGAUCAAUUCCACUUUAACUCAAGUGGAAUCUGUUGCACAAUCACUGCCAAGCUUUGCUAUGGAAUAUCUCAAAAAGUUUUUAGGUUCAUUAGUUGUGAGAGAUGAAUUUGUGAAUUUCAUCAAAAACUCUUUGCAGACCACUGUAAACAAUGUCUUUGAUGAAGUUAGACCCAUAGCCACUGUUCUGUCGUGCGCACGUGUCAAUUCUUAUUAUAGACAUGGUAGAAAUUUAGUUUGUCAGGAUAUUGCUGGAUUUUUAGCUAACUUUUGGUUUUUGUUUGCACUGCUAGCCUUACUGUUUUUGUUUGAUACUUACUGCUUCACAAUCAUGUAUAUUGUCUUUAGAACGCAAUGGUAUGAUAGAAAAGCAUCAGUGGUUCAGGCUCAACAGUUCACACAGGACGAAGCAGCUCUUAAAGAAGCAAGAUUAGCAAAGUUGAGAUCCUAUUCAACUCCUCGACGAUUUAGUAAAAUCAGAAAAGCAGAAAAUAUAGAGUUGGAAGAUGUGUAA